CCCGCCCUUCCCUACUUCCAAACCUUUUCCCGCCGCCUCUCUGUACGCGGCUAUGGAACUCCCCUCGUCCGGCGCCUCCAGCCUCAGUAAUUACGACCUGGUGCUGGAGACGAGGCUGGAAAAGAUGGAGUAACUUCACCAGAGGGAGUCACUGGGGCUUCGUUGCUGGCUCUACAGGGAGCCUAGAAUACCAGGAAUGGCCUUGGAGAGGGACAGAUUCCCACUCCAGGAGGUGGUGACGUUCCAGGAUGUGGCUGUGGACUUCACUCGGGAGGAGUGGCGCCUCUUGUCCCCUUCCCAGAAGGAGCUGUACAGGGAGGUGAUGCUGGAGAAUGCCCGGAACCUGCUAACAGUGGGAUUUCCAGCUCCCCCUGAAAAAGUCGUCUCUUAUUUGGAGCAGAGGGAUCUCCCAUGGAUGAUAGAUCAAGAAGGUCUGAGGAUCUGGUACCCAGAAGGAGAAAAAAGGCCUGAAAUUAUGGCGAAUCCAACAGAGGUAAGCUUUCCUGUGGAAGAAGUGAACAUACAAAGAUCCAUUGGUGAUAGUCCUGAUAACUUUGCUUCCAGGGAAUUCAGUGUUGGGUCUCAAUAUUCAUCUCAUACUGAACAUCAAAGAAUGCACCGUGAGGAUAAAUAUAGUGAAAAUAGUCAGUGUGGAAAGACUUUUAUGCACAGGGCCAGUCUUUCUGGACAUCAGAGAAACCACACUGGUGAGGAAAUUUAUGAAUACAAACAAUGUGGAAAGACAUUCAUUGUGAGCUCCAGUCUUGCUAGACGUCGGAGAAUGCACACUGGGGAGAAACCUCAUGAAUGCCAGCAAUGUGGAAAAGCAUUCCAUCACAGCUCUGAUGUUGCUAGACACCAGAGAAUCCACACUGGGGAGAAACCUCAUGAAUGCAAGCAAUGUGGAAAGGCAUUCAUUCGCAGUUCCAGUCUUGUAGAACAUCAGAGAAUGCACACUGGGGAGAAACCUUAUGAAUGUAAGCAAUGUGGAAAGGCAUUCAGUCAGAGGUCCCAUCUUGCUACACAUCAGAGAAUGCACACUGGGGAGAAACCUUAUGAAUGCAAGCAAUGUGGAAAGGCAUUCAGUCACAGCUCCAGUCUUUUGCAACAUCAGAGAAUGCACACUGGGGAGAAACCUUAUGAAUGCAAGCAAUGUGGAAAGGCAUUCAGUCACAGCUCCUAUCUUGCUACACAUCAGAGAACACACACUGGGGAGAAACCCUAUGAUUGCAAGGAAUGUGGAAAGGCAUUCAGUCAGAGGUCCAGUCUUUUGCAACAUCAGAAAAUUCACACUGGGGAGAAACCUUAUGAAUGCAAGCAAUGUGGAAAGGCAUUCAGUCAUAGGUCCAGUCUUUUGCAACAUCAGAGAAUGCACACUAGGGAGAAACCUUAUGAAUGCAAGCAAUGUGGAAAGGCAUUCAAUCAAAGGUCUCCUCUUACUACACACCAGAGAAUCCACACUGGGGAGAAACCUUUUGAAUGCAAACAGUGUGGAAAGGCAUUCAAUCAGAGGUCCCAUCUUGCUAAACAUCAGAGAAUGCACACUGGGGAGAAACCUUAUGAAUGUAAACAAUGUGGAAAAGCAUUCAAUAACAGCUCCCAUCUUUCUACACACCAGAGAAUCCACACUGGGGAGAAACCUUAUGAAUGCAAGCAAUGUGGAAAAGCAUUCAGUGACAGCUCCCAUCUUGCUACACAUCAGAGAACACACACUGGGGAGAAACCUUAUGAAUGCAAGCACUGUGGAAAAGCAUUUAGUCACAGCUCCUAUCUUGCUACACAUCAGAGAACACACACUGGGGAGAAACCUUAUGAUUGCAAGCAAUGUGGAAAGGCAUUCAGUCAGAGGUCCAGUCUUUUGCAACAUCAGAAAAUUCACACUGGGGAGAAACCUUAUGAAUGCAAGCAAUGUGGAAAGGCAUUCAGUCAGAGGGCCCAUCUUGCUACUCAUCAGAGAAUGCACACUGGGGAGAAACCUUAUUAAUGCAAACAAUGUGGAAAGGCAUUCAGUCAGAGCUCCCAUCUUGCUACAUAUCAGAAUCCACAGUGGGAAAAACUUAUGAAUGCAAGCAAUGUGGAAAGGCAUUAAGUCAGAGGUCCUAUUUUGCUAGACACCAGAGAAUCCACACUGGGGAGAAACCUUAUGAAUACAACCAAGGUGGAAAGACAUUCAGCUGGAACUCCCAUCUUGCUGUACAUCAGUAGACCUUCACUGGGGAGAACCUUAAGAAUAAAUGCAGAGUGAAAGGAGCAGAACCAGGAGAACAUUGAACACAGAGACUGAUGACACUGUGGUUCAAUCAAACGUAAUGGACGACUCAAGUAACAGCAAUGCAAUGAUCCUGAACAAUUCUGAGGGAUGUAGAAAAAGAAAGCUAUCCACAUCCAGGCAAAGAACUGUAAAUCAAAACAGAAGAAAAAUCAUUUCUUUGAUUACAUGGUUUGAUAGGGAUAUGAUUUGGGACAAAGACUCUUAAGUGACCACUCUUGCAAAUAUUAAUAAUAUGGAAAUAGUUCUUGAUCAGUGACACAUGCAAAACCCAGUGGAAUUGCUCAUUGGUUGGAGGGCGGGGAGGCAAAGAAUAUUAAUAAUGUAACCAAUGAAAAAUAUUCUUAAUUAAACAACUUUUAAAAAAACCCUACGGGAGAAGCUGAGGGGAGGAGGAGGAGAAACUCCUCCUUAUCACAUGGUUUAUGUUGCUUAAAGUCACCUUUGAUCCGGCAGGAGUGUGUAAGGGUAAUUUUAGGGUUGUGAUUUAAAUUGAUUUGGACAGCAAAGAAUAUUCCAAAUAAAAUUCCCAAGUCAGUUUGGAAAUUUUAUGGUAAUUUAAUUAAUAUAGAGGGAAGGAAUUAGGGAGAAUAGAGAGGGAGAGGGUAUAGGAUUUCUUUCAACUGGCCUUUGCCAGGGGUAGUUCAAAGACCUCUGCCACAAGGUCUUUGAAGAUUAGAGGUUUUCCUAAGAGGAUAAUGUUUGGAAGGUAAAGGAGAAAAGAAUCAGCCUAAACUCCAAGAGGGCUCAGUGAAGAUGCUUCACCUGAACUAGGCUACUAAGCUUCUUUUAGUAUUGUAUCAAGGAAAACUCUCCACCAAACCUGGAUAAUAGCUGCUGCCACGCCAAGAUGCCAAAAUGCUCAGCAAGCUAGCGCCAGAGUCACCUCUCCGCAGAAAGAGCCUGAGAGAGGAAGUGAUGUGAAACAUAUAGAUGUUUUUUACAUCACUUUUCUGCAUCUCGCAUAAGCCAAUGGUAGCUUAAUCUUGACUUAAGACAGCACAGGGGUCUGUCAGUUGUUUCAGAUUUGUCAUUUGCUAGCAUGUCUGUCAUAGGCGAUCCUCCUAAAUACUUAAUCCUUAAGUAUAAGUGUAGACAUUGCUGUUUUUGUGAGAAUAAGUAGGGUGGAUUAAUCUAAAGUUGACAAGUGUAAGGAAAAGGAUUUCCUCAUGUACUCUUUGAUCUUGGUUACUUCUGGGAUUUUGGGGUGUCCAGGGGAAAUCUGUACCCCCAUAUCAUUUUCCCCAAUCCAAAUGCCAGGGAAGAAGGGCAACAGUCUGGCUUCUGUAAUUUCUUCAAGGCAGACAAGGGGUUUAGAGCUGCCCCUGCCUAUUUGAGAAGAGAGGGAGCCAGUGGCUCAGGGCACAGGAGUCAUUAGGGCACAUCCUCAGUGAAUGUGUGGGUCCUAGCAGCAGGGGCCAGGGACUGAGACAAUGACUGAAGCAACAGAUAAAAAGAGGAAACUAAUACAACAACUGAUAACAAUGAUUAAAUAGCAGACUUCCCUGCAUUUGGGGAACUUAUCCCCAUUGCCAAUAAACCUCUUCAGAACAGGGAUGGAUCUUCUCAGGAAAUUUGCUUCCAAAGUUGCUUGCACACAUGUUUAAGGUAUUCUUGCUAAAAUCUUUUGCAGAGCACAGAUUAGUAACAACAUGUUACUGACAGGUUUCCUUACCCUCAACUCUGCAAGAAAUACAGAAAGACUGGCUAUAAUUCUGAGCUUAAGGUCCAAAUUUCAGUUGUGGUCAAUUAAAGCUAGGGGUCCCAUGAGCCUUUAUUUUCAGCUGUUUCUACAGGACUUGGACAGCAAAUACAGAUCACUGAUUAGCAAAGCCUAACACUUCAGCUAUGCGAGCUAGUGCUUGAUGAAUUCUGAUCUCAUGGCUGAUACUGGCCAUGAGCUGCCGUGGUCAGUGUCCAGCCCCACUCACAACUUCAGGGUUCCCGACAGGUGGCGAACAAUCAGUCAAAAUAAAUAACAAACCGAAGACAUCUUAAUCAUUACGGCCAUGGGACUGCUUUGCAUCUCCGAGCUGCUCCACAUUCACAGGCUUGGGAUUUAUUUUUAUAUCCAUAUUCCUGGCAUGCAGAUACACAAAAUCAAAGAGAGGUAAUUGGAUAAGUAAUACAUUAACUUUUAACAAAUCACUUGAUUAACAUUCUAUAUUUUUGUAUUAUGAUUACAGACAGAAUAUAAGAUAAAUGAUUUCAUCACAGGUGGCUUACUAGGGAGUUUGAGUUACUGAUUUGUGUAAUUGAGUCACUGAGGCAUAUUGAAGCUUAGUGUACCUGUAUUGUACCUGUAGUCAUUGUAUUGACCUCUAUGUUUGAUUUGUGUGUUGGCUUCAUGAGAAAGUUUUGGGCUUGGCCUGUAGCUGCGGUUUCACUGGGAAUUAUGCACCUAAAUAAAAGUUAACCCAUGAUAGUCUUUUGGGGGUUGGGUUUGAGGGUCUGAUCUUUUGGUGAUGUUUUGGGGAAUUAGGGUACAUGUGUUUUGCUCUUGCAUUAUUUCUUUUGAGACUAGGGGGAAUAAUAAUCAUGUCAAUUCAUAGGUAAAACCAAGACAGUAGAAAACAUUUCAGCGGAUAUAAUUGUUAUAUAUAUUUAUCUUGCUCAAACAUUUUAAUUAUCACAGUUUAUGGCUCCCACUCUCUUAUCUACAACAAUUUAAUGCUCCCAAACUAUUCUAAAUCUAACAGGGGCAUUGAUGUAAAAAGUCAUGCAAAGGGGAUAGAGUGGGCAGUCACAUCUCUCCAAGGACCACUCUGUGGUCUCCCCAACUGCAAUGUGUGACUCUGUUAAGGUGUUGUGGACUGAUGGCCCCCAGCAUAUCCCCCUUUCUUUUUAUUUUUGAGCUGAAGAGACCAGUUAAAUUUGGACUUGCCGAAUGGUGGACUCUAGGUAUCAGAUGAAGACUGGAAAGAAAAGAAGGAGAAAAAAAGACAAGAGCCAAUCCACAAGGAAUAAAUGUGUGGGUAAAAUCACUGUUGGAGAUAAGGGAGGAGAUGCUGUCAUAAAAUGAAUUAGCUAUGGGGGAGGCUGAUUAAAGGGAGGUACCAGAGGGAUAGAUAUCCAUGGUUUGUCUAUAUUGUGUGGACUACUUGUAGGGAAGGUUGCUAGUGAAGCAAUGUGUACAGUGAUAUCCAAUAUAAGGGAUAGAAUGAAGGGGUUUAGGGUUGUUUAAACUAUUAGAAAUCAAUUAUAGAGCAUAAAUGUCUGGACCAUCAUACCAGUCAAUUGUAUUAACAGGAAAUAUCACAAAGGGUGGUUAUUUAUCAACAAAUACAAUGGUAGCAGGAAUGGAGGGAUUAAGAGAAUUUGUUAAAAUACAUAGCAAAAAUUUCUAUAAGUCAUGGGGAGAACACAUUGUACAAUCAAUGCAUAGGCUUGAAUGGAUUUGGAACUUUCCUUGUCAUUAGAGCAGUAAUAUAGCAGGGGAAGAGAAAAGCAAUUAAUUUCCACAAGGAAGAUUAGUAAUGGGAGAUAAGGGGCUUUCAAUGGCAGAAAUAUCAGGGGGUACAGAUAAAAUUGAAAACAUGGCAAGAAUUAAGGUGGUAGUGCAAUCAGGAGGUAUGAAUUGUUAUUGUCCAUUCUUUGUUUCGCUUGGGCUGAAAAUGUCACAAUGUGACAAGGAAAUCACUUUAAAAGAUUGAUAUAUAUUAAUUUAGGUUGCCAAGGAAUUCAGCUAUGUAAUUCCUAAAUGAAAACUCAAGUCAGCAGUCAACCUUUUAUGGAGUUUUUAAUUACAAACAGGAGGAAGAAAGGUAUUGGAGAGAGAGAAAGGGAAGAGAAAGGAAUAGGGCUUAAAUACCUCCUCUGUUUAGGCUGGGCCAAAAGGCCCAAGCCCUUAGAUAGCUGAGGCAAAGAAAAGCGAUCAGUCCCUAUCACUCAUGUGACCAAAAUGGAGAAACAGUCUCAGGGUCCUCCACCUCCAGCCUCCUUCAGAGCAAAACUUAUCAGAGCAUAACCUCUCAGAGCAAAACCUCUCCACCCUCAGACCCCUCUAUCUUUACCUCAGUUCUCACAUCUACCAAUCACUGUGUCUUCCCUGUGCCAAUGGUGGCUCUAGCUUAACCCAGGACCCCUCAGAAGUCUCCCCCUUUGCACAUGUCUGUUGAAGGUCAUAUUCUCAAAUACUUAAAUCUUGAUCCUUUGCUGCAGCCCUUCCUAAAUCCUGUUAGACUGAGUAGGGUGGAGAUUGUAAGUUCCAAGACCUGGUUCUGUCAUUCCAAGUAUCUCUAUUGUAUCAAUUCUAAAAUCAAUCAUGACUCAAAGAACUUCCUGUUCUAUGCUUAAGCAUAGGUCAAAGCCCUUUCCAUUGUUCAUCAAAAGGUUUCUGUCCUAAAGCAGUCCCAAGUAGGGAGGAGAAGGAACCUCCCAUGCCAAUGGGGUUCACAUUCCAAUAAAGAGUUCCCACUAUCAGUAGGAAAUUCCCUCCAAGCAUGAAACCUUCCAAUAGUGAAAUUUCCAACAUUCACAAGUCUAAGAAAUUUUAAGGUUUAUAAUCCCCCCUGAUGAUCAUUGGGAGACUAGUCUACCCAUUGAUCAUUUAACAUAAUCAUUUUGCAGUUCUAAAUGCACUUCUAACUAUAGAUAUACACAAUAUUCAAUUUUCUAAGAGAAUUAGAAUAGUGAGAGAGGAAAUAGAAAAGAAAAUAAAGCAAAACCAAUGUUUUACUAGGCACAUUGACAGAAAGCCAAAUUAGGGGCAGUCCCUUUUGGCGUAAAUGUGUACAGUUACAAUAAAUGUUCAAUGAAAAGUUCAGUCCAAUCAAUCAUAUACAAAGUUCAUUCUUGAUCUUGAUGAAGUGUAGGUUUUCAGCAUCUUUCUGCAACAGUUCAUUCUCUGGAUAUAAAAGUUUCAAGCUUCUUUCUUGAAGAUCUUUUCUCAAACAGAAUCAAAAUCUUUGAUUUUUUUAAUAACAGUAAAAUCUUAAACAAAAUUCAAAAUUCUUGGAUUUUUAUAAAAAUACAAUCUCAAACAAAAAUCAAAAAUAAUAAAAAAAAUUCUUAGAUUUUAAAUUAAAAUAGAAUCCCCCCUGAAGUAAGUAUUUUAAAAAAUAUCAAGUUUAGCUCAAAAUGCAAUGUUCAGUUAUGGAGGUGUAUGUGUCAAUUGUCAAAAGAAUAGAAAAAUAAUCAAAAACAAGAAAAAUUCAAAAUAGGCCUUGCAUAGGUCCAGCUUAAAGUAAUUUCUAUCCCACAAGUAUGUAGGACAGAAUGCAGUAAUAUUUCACUUAGCCAUUUGUAGCCAAGACUACAGGAAGUUGCCAUAAUAUAAGAAGAAAAGAACUAGAAUUCUAUUUUGAUGGGGAAAUGUCAUUCCCUCGUCUGAUUUUUUUUUCCUUCAGGGAUAUAGGGAGCCAGCAUGAUAGUCAAGCUUUGUACUUGUUUGAGUACUUCGAAAAGAGAGUAGAUACAAGGAAGUCCUACGACUUAAACAUAAGGGUCGCAACCUCGAGUCUCACUUUAAUAUUUCUUGUGUGCUCUAUUGGCACUAUUCAGGUUUAGUCUGUGCUCCUUGUUUUUAUCCCUUUUCCUGGAAUCAGACACAAACAUUAAUCCCAGUCCUAUAAUAUUUUAUCAAUAAAUGGCAGGUUCCCAUAGUUUAAAGCUUUUAGGCAUAUAUUGAUAUUAUAGCAAGAAUAUAUAUAUUGACUUGUAUUAUUGCAGGAGAAAAAAAAUAGUAAUAUUAAUCAUGUGUGCUUUCAGUACAAAAAAUGAGAAAAAAAUUCAAAUAUUCUGUUCAAAAAAUAAAAGAAUAAAAUUAAGAAAAAAAAUCAGUAAUUCAAUGUGUUCUUGAAAAAAAACCAGCAUCCAUUUGUCUAUGGAUUAUUAUCUCCAAUUCAUAUGAUAGGAUAGAGUCAAUCAGUCUCAGCAGAAGAUGCUUUCUUCACAUGUGAGCAGUGAAUCCAAGAGUCUCUUUCUCCAAUCUUUAUAGAUGUUGGAGUAGUUAAUAUUUGGAAUGGUCCUUCCCAUGAAGGUUCAGUUGCUCCAGUUCGCUUGAAAUUCUUGAUAUAAACUUUAUCUCCUGGGUUCAGGUCAUGCAGAGAAAAGUCUAAUGGUCCAGCUUGUACUGCAGCUCCAGAUUUAUGAAGUUCACGUAGUUUGUGCUGUAACUCCUGUAUAUAGGAAGCAGUAGUAAUAUCUCCCCCUAAUAGCGAUGUAUAAGCCGGGGAGAAAGGCUUAGCCUGUAUAGGCGGAUGUCCAAAAAGCAUCUCAAAAGGUGAAAUAUGUAAGUCUCCUCUAGGCCUGCUUCUAAGAUAAAAUAGGGCCAGAGGGAGAAUUUCAGGCCAUUUUAAAUGGGUCUCGGUGCAUAAUUUGCCAAUCAUAGUCUUAGGUUCUUUAUUCAUUCUUUCCUACUAUUUGGAGAGGAGAAAGAAGCUGAAAAAGGUUAAUUAACAUCAACAAAAUCAAUACAAUCUAAGAAGAAUCAUCUUCAUUAUACUGGGAAGUUCCUUGGGCACCCUCCUGAAGGGCACAUCAUUUUGGACAAGCUCCAUUUCUCAUAUAUUGUUGUUGAGUAUUAUCAUUAUAAUUUUCUUUGUUUAGAGCUUUGUCAUUAUUUUCCCAAUUCUUAUUUCUAUAAUUCUGGUUUCUAAAGUUCUUAUUUCUAUAUUCAUUAUAGUUAUUUCCAUAGUCAUUAUUAUAAUUUCUAGAAUUCUGGUUUCUAUAACCAUUAUCAUCAUUUCUAUAGUUAUUAUUUCUAAAGCUAUUAUGAAACUGUAUAUUCCUUCCAAUCGUCUUAAGAAAGGUUCUACAUUCCAUCAUUUUGUGGCCCUUCUCACAGAAGUGGCAAGUAAUGGAUUGAUAAUUGGAUUUCUGGAGAGGGGCAAUUGUCAUUGGUUCAUUAUCAUGCCCACUUUCUAAUUUAGUUAUCCUAUCUAUUAAAUAUCUCAUUUUUUUCUUCAUGUCCUCCAUGUCAUCAUUAUUUUCUUCCUCCUUUUCUUUGUUUCCCUUUAAAAGAUAUAUACCUGUUUUUCGCAAUUCUUCAAGGUCCAUAUCUGACCAUCUUGGGCAUUGUGUUCUAAAAUAAUUCUUAAUUGCUUUGCAAGAGUCAUUUACAAAGAUCCUUCUAACUUGUCUUAAGCUACUCUCUUUAGUUGGGUCCCAAUCUAAGUAUCUGUCCCCAAACUUGAUUAUUUUGUCCAUGAAUGUGGAGGGUGUUUCUUCCUCCUUUUGCUUAACUUUUUCAAGUUCCAUCCACUUAUCUAUACUGUCUGCAAAUUCCUUCAUUGCCAUGAGGAUGGCCUCUCUACAACGGUAUAGUUGUAGAUAAUCCUCAGGAUUGUUAUAGUCCCAUUCGGGAUCCUGAGAUGACCAAUGUGCUGCAUUACGCCCCCGGGUUUUGUUGACAUGAGCAAUUAUUUUAUUUUUUCAUGUUCAGUUAAAAAAGCCUGUAGCAAGUUCUCAACGUCCUUGUAAGACGGAUUAUACUGAAAAAAUAUGUCUCCCAUGUUUUUUGCUACUAGAAAAGGAUCUUGUUCAUAUGUGGGGAUAUUUCGUGUAAAUUCAUUUAUUUCUUGGGGAGUAAACGGUAUCCUAUGUCUUAAAGUCACCACAUUCCCAUUCCGUCCUAUUUCAGGUACUUCUCUUAGAGGAAAUAGGCCUCUAGUUGAAUUUUGUACCUGUGGGUCAGUUUGACAAGGACAGGUUUCUCUAGGAGGACAAGAUCUCCUUUGCGUUGGAAUUUGGUUUUCUGUAGGAGAGGGAACAUGAGAAACUGGGAUUGCAGGGGAAGGGUUUUGGGGAUUAAAUUCAGUCGAGGUUUGCACUGCACAAGAGAAGCAGUCUGUUAACUGGGCUAUAGGGAAGGUGUUUUCUGUCUCUAUUUCAGGCAAGGAAAUUUCCUCAUUCAAAGGUUCAGAAACAGGUCUGUUUCUGGUAGAGUGGGUGUUUGCCAAUUGAUCCUGUAAGAAACAUUUUAGAUCUUCUAAUUGGGCUUGUAUUUUAUCCUCAAUUUUUUUCUAUUUUACCCUCAAUAUUUUCUAUUUUAUCCUCAAUAUUUUCUAUUUUAUCCUCAAUAUUUUUUAUUUUAGCAUCUCUAAAUAUACUAUUGAGGAGUACAAAAAUGACAGUACCUAUUAAUAUAAAAAUUUGGAGGUAUCCUGCAUUUCUCAAUGCCCCUAAUUCUUCAGCUGCCAUAUAAAUGUCAAAAAAUGUAGUACUCAUUUAUAUAUAUAUAUUUUGUAAUUUCAGAAAACACGUAGGGAGCAGGGCAAAGCAACAAACUUUCCACAGAGUUUUUUUUUUCUAAUCUAGGAAGUUAUUCCUUAAGGGAAAGGAUAUUUAGAAACAGCUCUUCCAGCCAGGACUUUAGGGUCCUGUUGCUGAGAUUUAAAACAGCUGUUUUCUAUCUAACUAUCAGAGUCACACAGCUGGGAAGUAUCCGAGGUCCGAUUUGAACCCAGGACCUUCUGUCUCUAGGCCUGGCUCUCAAUCCACUGAGCUACCCAGCUGUCCGUUAAGAUUAAAGGGAAGAAAAAGAAAAACUGCUGAUUCCAAUUUAAGUUAAGGAGAAAAGAGAAGAGAGAAAAAGUUUUUUAUACUCACGUGUUCUAGCAGCUGUGUCUUUAAGCCAAGUUUGCUGUUAAAAGGGGCUAAGUCAUGAGAUGGUAGAGUAAAAAGGCAAGGAAUUUCAGGAGUUUAUUGAGAGAAUUCUUUAGACUCCCGUGUGGUCAGCCACAAUGUGACAAGGAAAUCACUUUAAAAGACUGAUAUAUAUUAAUUUAAGGUCACCAAGGAAUUCAGCUAUGUAAUUCCUUAAUGAAAACUCAAGUCAGCAGUCAACCUUUUAUGGAGUUUAAUUACAAACAGGAGGAAGAAAAGUAUGAGAGAGAGAGAGAGAGAGAGAGAGAGAGAGAGAGAGAGAGAGAGAGAGAGAGAGAGAGAGAGAGAAGGGAAUAGGGCUUAAAUACCCCCUCUGUUUAGGCUGGGCCAAAAGGCCCAAGCCCUUAGAUAGCUGAGGCAAAGAAAAGAGAUCAGUCCCUAUCACUCACGUGACCAAAAUGGAGAAACAGUCUCCAGGGCCUCCACCUCCAGCUUCCUUCAGAGCAAGCUUCUCAGAGCACAACCUCGCAGGGCAAAAUCUGUCCAACCUCCCCCUCAGUCCUCAGACCCCUCUAUCUUUAAGCAAACCAUCCAAGUUCCCUCCCCUCAGUUCUCACAUCUACCAAUCACUGUCCAUGUCUUCCCUGUGCCAAUGGUGGCUCUAGCUUAACCCAGGACCCCUCAGAAGUCUGCCCCUUUGCACAUGUCUGUUGAAGGUCAUAUUCUCAAAUAAUUAAAUCUUGAUCCUUUGCUGCAGCCCUUCCUAAAUCCUGUUACUGUAAGUAGGGUAGAAAUUAUAUUUUCCAAGACCUGGUUCUGUCAUUCCAAGUAUCUCUAGUGUAUCAAUUCUAAAAUCAAUCAUGACUCAAAGAACUUCCUGUUCUAUGCUUAAGCAUAGGUCAAAGCCCUUUCCAUUGUUCAUCAAAAGGUUUCUGUCCUAAAGUAAUCUUAAGUAGGGAGGAGGAGGAACCUCCCAUGCCAAAGGGGGGUUCACAUUCCAAGAGACUAUCAGUAGGAAAUUUUUCAAGUAUGAAAUUUCCCAAUGGUGAAAUUUCCAACAUUUAUAAGUCUAAGAAAUUUUAAGGUUUACAAUUCUCUGAUGUCCAGAAAAACUGGUCUUGUGCAUAAAACUCUUUCUAUAUUGAUUUUUGUCACUAGAUUUUUCCUCAGGCUGCAAUCUUUGAUGUUCAAUAUAAGAUGAAUUUUGAUAUACAACACUGAAUUCCCUGGAAGCAAAGUUAUCAGGACCAUCACUAAUGGAUCUUUGUAGUUUCACUUCUUCCACAAGAAAGCUCCCCUCUGUUGGAUUCACCUUAAUUUCAGGUCUGUUUUCUACUUCUAAAAUAAAACAAACGGUAAGACAUAGAUAUAGAGAGCUAUAUAAACAUAUAUAACUCUUAUCUCCUU